AUUAAGAAAGUAGUAAAAUUGGAAGAGAAAAAAGGGGAAUGGCGGCAGUGGAAACAGAAGCAGAAACAAUGGAGGUUUGGAAUAGAGAAACGGUGCCAACGGUGAUGAAGAUUGUUAGUACGAGACUUCCUCAGAGAGACCUAAUUUCCCUUUUGCUUGUCAGUCCCUCGAUUCUUCGGAAUCUCAUUUCCCACCCUUCCCUGUGGCUGGUUCUUGAUUUUCAUGAGAUGAAUAAUGCUGGGGAUCGCCUUGUGGCAGCUCUCUCACUGUCGAGAUACCAGAAUGUGAAGCAUAUAAACCUCGAGUUCGCCCGUGAUAUUGAAGACAAGCAUCUUGAAAUUGUUAAAAGCAAGUGUGGACAUUCUUUCAAAAGCAUAGAGGUUCUUAAUUUGAAUGGCUGCCAAAAGAUAUCCGACGUGGGAAUUGACCUUAUAACAUACAAUUGCCCGACAUUAAAGGUUUUCUCAAUCUACUGGAAUGUCAGGGUUUCAGAUAUUGGAAUUAGGAACUUAGUGAAGAACUGCAAGCUCGUGAUUGAUUUAAACCUGAGUGGUUGCAAGAAUGUGACUGAUGAAAGCUCGAAAUUGAUUGCGGAAUCUUAUCCAGGUUUGCAGCACUUGAACCUAACAAGAUGCAUCAAGCUGACAGAUAAAGGUUUGCAGAUGAUAUUAACCAAGUGCUCCUCACUUCAGAGCUUAAAUCUUUAUGCCCUUUCCAGUUUCACAGAUAUUGCUUACAAGAAGAUAUCACUUUUGAUUCACCUUCAGUUUUUAGAUCUGUGUGGUGCUCAGAAUCUUUCCGAUGAUGGACUUUCUUGCAUAGCCAAGUGCAAAAACUUAACUUCUCUCAAUUUGACAUGGUGUGUUCGAAUCACCGAUCAGGGAGUCUUAACUGUUGCAGAAGGAUGCAGGUCUCUUGAAUUUCUGAGCCUGUUUGGAAUAAUUGGGGUUACAGACAAGAGCUUGGAGGCACUUUCAAGCUUCUGUUCUAGUACCAUUACCACUCUGGAUGUCAAUGGUUGCAUCGGAAUUAAGAGAAGAAGCCGCGAUGAGCUUCUUCAGUUGUUCCCAAAACUAAAGUGCUUUAAAGUCCAUAGCUAAUUUCUGGGAUAGGACGGAGUUUUCAUAGUCUGUGUUGUACGGCAAGACCCGAGCAGAAACGAACCGUAUAUCUAUGUCAUUGGCAUUUAUACAACAUUUCCUACUAUUUUUUAGUCGAUUGUGACUGAAAGGAAAGAAUCAAGCCUAUGUAAGAUGUCGAAUAUAUAUGCAGUACUCUGAAAUUUUAUCUUGCUUAUAAAAACAUCAUUUGUCAUGUUUUCAUUGUAAGUUUCGCAAUUCGUACGACAGUCUAUUGCUUACAGUACGACAGUUUAUUUAAUUUUUAUUUUAAAUCU